AUGGAGCAAUUUCUGACCGACCAAAAAGUCAGGGCGGCCAUCGGCGUGGCGCCGGACUACGACUUCGUCUACUGCAACCUCACGGUCUACGGCGCAAUGAGAGGAGGCUGGCUGGCGGACCUGAAACUCGGCAUCCCGGAGCUCCUCCAGAGCGGGAUCAGGGCGCUAAUCUACGUCGGAGAGUACGAUCUGAUAUGCAAUUGGGCCGGGAAUUCCGAGUGGGUCAAUGCCCUGAACUGGUCGGGCCAGCAGCGGUUCGAGGCGGCUCAAACGGUUUACGACGCGGGUCAUAUGGUUCCGAUGGACCAGCCGCGGGCCGCGUUGCAGAUGAUUCAGAGUUGGGUUGAGGGUGGGCUCGGUUAA